CAAGCAAUGCAUUUACUUUAUCCGGCUUUGAACAUGUUUGUAAACAAAUCCUCUUUCGUGAAACGUUCGUUUAAGUGUGUAAUUUCGAAUAUAACAAGAUAUGCAAGUAGUGCAGGUAUUGACACAGCCAACGAAGAUUUUGUUAAAGAAAGUAAUAAACUAUUAUACGAAGGACAUAUUCCUACAACAGUAUUACAGAAAGUUUUGUUAACUGUUGGAUCAUCAGUAGCUUCUAUAACAGAUCCAUAUCGUCAUGAUAUGGUUGCUGUCUUAAGUGAGACUACUGGGUGCUUUGCAGCUAAGAAAAUCAGAGAGAAAAUGCUUAAAGAUCCUGAAGGAAGUCAGAUUCUUAUUGAAAAACCAAGAAUUAGCUCAAGUACCUUAGAUUUCCCACUUCUUCAAACUUUGCCUGAAGGUACUUUAGGACAUGCUUAUUUAUGUUUUCUAAAGGAUAAUAAUGUAACUCCGGAUUCAAGAAGACCUGUGCAGUUCAUUGAUGAUGCAGAACUUGCUUAUGUUAUACAAAGGUAUAGAGAAGUACAUGACUUACAGCACACUCUCCUUGGGAUGCCAACUAAUAUGUUGGGUGAAGUUGCUGUAAAGUGGGUUGAAGCAAUACAAACUGGCAUCCCUAUGUGUACUGCUGCUGCCAUAUUUGGGCCACUGCGAUUUAAAACUCUGCAGCGCCAAAAAUAUUUGAAAAGUUAUCUCCCAUGGGCCAUAGAUUGUGGUUUCAGAGCAAAGUUUCUGAUGAAUGUGUAUUUUGAAAAGAGAUGGGAGCAGAACAUAAAGGAUAUCAGGGAAGAAUUGAAUAUACCUCCAUUCACAGUGAGCAGUUAAAAAUAUUUAUUAUGAAGUUUAAAGUAUUUAUUUAGGUUAUUUUGUAACUUUUUUACUCACUCUCUCUGCACAGUGUUUUCUUGCAAAAUCACUAAUGUUAUGUAAGAUUUUAAUUUUUAAAUAAAAUAAAUUCAACGUA